CCGAAAUAAAUUAAUUGACAAAAAAUAAUAAUUUAAGAACCUUUCAACAUGGAUUUAUACGUCUUCACGUGCAUGGAAAUGUAUAAGAAUGAGAGUGAUUAUUUUAAAAGUAAGAAUAUACUUUAUUGUCAAGCAACAGUGAAUUCAAUUCAUCAGUGUUGGCCGCCUACAUUAGCUGGGCAUAUUGCAAAACUACCUUGUCCAGCCAAUAUCACUGGUUUACGUUAUGAUAAAAAUGGAGACUCUUUUCGUGAAUGUCUAUCAAACGGAAGUUGGGCUGAGAAAGCCGAUUAUUCAAAUUGUACUGUCAUAAAUCCGUCUAUUCAUACGUAUUCAGUCCUUCUAUGCUUUGUCGUUGGUUAUAUCAUAUCAAUGAUUAGUGUAACAAGUGGAAUAUCGAUUCUGCAGUAUUUUCGAUCUCUACGUUGCGUACGCAAUAAUAUUCAUACACAUUUAAUGAUUGCUAUUCUACUGCGUGCUGUUUCAUGGAUUUGCUUGGCUAUAUUGAAUACAACAACCUUGUGGAAUUCUCUGGCUAUCAGUAAUAUACUAAUAUGCAUUUUAGCCUUUGGAAUGAUUGCUGUUUAUAGUUGGAUGCUUAUUGAAGGUGUUCAUCUAUUGAAUAUAUUAUUUUUAACAUUUAUUGUAAGAAGAUUCCGAUUCUCAUGUUAUAGUACAAUUGGUUGGGGAAUUCCGGCCGUCUUGACAUCUUCAUGGGCAAUUGCAAAAUUAGUGACAUUGGGCAAUACACGAUUAUGGAGAGAACCAAAUACAUCCGAUCCUGAAGGUAUUCUCGUGGUUACCGCGAUUUUGAUUACACUUGCAAUUAAUUUCCUCAUUAUGUUCAUAACAAUAUUUAUGCUUCUAACAAAACUUCGAGGUCAACCAAGUGGAACAAAUCGUAAUCGAGCGCCGAGUGGUUAUAAAACCAAUGAAUGUCGACUGCUUCGUAGUACAUGUCCUCCACCAUUUUCAUCAUCAGUUAAUCAAAGUAUAACAAGUAAAGCUACUCCACUGAUGACGCCAACGAUAACAACACCACUGACGUCUACACCAAUGGUAAAAUUGACAAAUUCUUUGAAAGAAAUACCAUUACCGAAUGAAAUAACCCAAGAUGGCGAGGAUAGAAAUGCUAUUGACAAUACUGAUAACUGUGACUGCAAAAGUAAACUGAUUAACGGAAAUGAUAAGUCGGAAAGUAUCACGGGCAAUACUAAUAAUAAUAAUAUUGAUAUGAGAAAAGAUAUCCAAUCACCAUUAAAUGAAAUUGAACCAGAAGUGGACUCAUCAGCGACAACAGUCACAGUAGAAGGACACAGGACAAAAUACUUAAAACCUUCAUUGAAACGAUCUACACGAUCAGCGUCUGCUACAGCUGGUUGUAUUACCCCACCGAAUCCAAGUAUCUCUGAAGCGCAUCCAAAUAAAGCGCAUAUAACAAUUAUUACAGGAGAUAAAAAGAUUUCAAAUCACCAUGUUUCAAGAAUUAGUACAAGUAACAAUAAUAAUAAUAACAAUAACGGUACUAGUUGUGAUUUUGACAGUAUAAAAUUCAGUGGAAAUUCUUCUUCUAUCCAACGCGUACGAGGUGAUAAAUACUUACAACGUAAAAGUAUGGAAACUAAUUGGGCAUCUUCUACCUCUUCUUCGUUAAGUGUCAAAGAAUUACGGAAAGCAAUAAAAGCGAUAAUAUUUUUAAUGCCAUUAUUGGGCUACUCUCAACUUAUAUUUUUAAUACCAUAUCAAAGAGAUUUAGAUCCUAUAUUUGAUUAUAUCAAUGCUAUUAUGCUUUCUACUCAGGGUUUCUGGGUUGCAUUAAUCUACUGUUUCUUGAACUCAGAAGUUCAACGUGUUCUACGCACACGAUGGCGAGUGCUAUGUUCCAAGCUGAAAAAUCAACCCUCUGAACGUACAAGACAAAAACAAUCACUCACCACUGUUGGCUCUGGUGUUGGUGUUGGUGCUGGCGUUCUUACAUCACAAAAUAACUAUGAAACAGAAUAUCAAAUGAAUUAA